AUGCAAGAAUAUAUUGAAUUGAAUCACAUGGCCUUAGUACAACCAUGUGAAUUAUCAUCGAAGGCUGGUACGUAUAUCCCCCAUCAUUGUGUGGUAAAACUGGAUAGUUCAACGGCAAGACUGCGGGUGGUAUUUGACGCCUCCUGUCACACGUCAAAUGGGGUUUCGCUGAAUGACAUUCUUCGAAGUGGGCCUACAUUGCAAGAUGACAUAUUCACUAUUCUUUUUCGCUUCGGCACACAUCGUUUUGUAUUAAUGGCCGACAUAACCAAAAUGUAUCGGCAAAUUAUUGUGGAUGAUAGAGAUGCGAAAUAUCAAUGCAUUCUGUGGAGAAACUCACCUGAUGAGCAACUCGGCACUUACCAGUUGCGGACUGUCACUUACGGAACCAGUUGUGCCCCUUUUUUGGCAGUAAGAUGCCUUCAGCAGUUAGCAUACGACAAUGUUUCGACCCACCCGCUUGGGGCUGCAGUCACUUUACGCGACUUUUAUGUUGACAACUUAAUGAUUGGGGCUGCAACUAUCGAAGAAGUAAUGGCUAUCAAAACGGAAAUCAUCGACUUACUAGGUAGCGGAGGAUUUCCUCUUCGGAAGUUUGCGUCAAAUAACGACAUCAUAGCUGACAUACCUGAAUCGGAUAAGGAAGUAAAUGUUAUUAUUGGUGGCUUUUCAAACAUCAAGGCGCUAGGACUCAAGUGGUCACCUCAAGACAAUGUUUCCAUGUUUUCGUAA